UAUGAGCAUAUGUGUAUCCUGUGGGUUACAAUUUUAACACGUACUUAAUCAACAAAAUACAACAAAGUGGAAGGCGAGAAUAGUAUGUCCAGACAGAUGAGUGACGAAAGCCAUCCUCGGACCUUGUACGUAGGUAAUUUGGAUACUUCUGUUACGGACGAUCUUUUGUGUGCCUUGUUCUCGCACAUUGGACCCGUCAAAGGCUGCAAGAUCAUUCGUGAGCCCGGAAAUGAUCCGUACGCUUUCCUCGAGUUUAUGACACAUCAGGGGGCUGCUACAGCCCUGGCAGCGAUGAACAAAAGAGUCUUCUUAGAAAAGGAAAUGAAGGUAAACUGGGCAACUUCUCCAGGUAAUCAACCUAAACAAGAUACUAGUAACCAUUACCAUAUAUUUGUUGGUGACCUCAGUCCGGAAAUUGAAACACAAACGCUUAGAGAAGCUUUUGCACCAUUCGGUGAAAUAUCUAAUUGCAGAAUAGUUAGAGAUCCUCAAACUUUGAAAUCUAAAGGUUAUGCUUUUGUAUCAUUUGUUAAAAAAGCUGAAGCAGAGAAUGCAAUCUCUGCCAUGAAUGGCCAGUGGUUGGGUAGCCGGAGUAUUAGAACAAAUUGGUCGACUCGAAAACCUCCACCUCCGAGGAGUGAACGUCCAAGGCAUAACAAUCAAAAGCAACCAACAUUUGAUGAAGUUUAUAAUCAGUCAAGCCCGACAAAUUGUACCGUGUACUGUGGAGGAUUUGUUAAUGGUGCAAUUUCAGAUGACUUAAUGCAGAAAACAUUUGCUCCUUUCGGCACCAUUCAAGACAUUAGAGUUUUCAAGGACAAAGGCUAUGCAUUCAUUAGAUUUUCAACAAAAGAGUCUGCUACGCAUGCAAUUGAAGCGAUACACAACACGGAGGUUAACGGACAGACGGUGAAAUGCUUUUGGGGGAAAGAAACGGGUGAUCCAAAUCACUCUCAAGCAGCACCCCAAGCUCCUGCCGGUACACAGUACCCAUACGCGUACGGUCAACAGAUGGGUUACUGGUACCCACAAGCAUACCAAGCUUCUGCAGCCACAGCAGCUGCGCAAAUGCAAGGCCAGUACUUGCAAGGAAUGCAGGGAUACCCAUACGGGCAGUUCACCGGCUAUCAACAAGGCUACAUGGGGAGAAUGGGCAUGCAGAUUCCGACCGCAGCAUGGCAGGGCAUGCCUGCCCAGACGCAGAUGCCAGCAGCUCCCCAGCAGAUGGCGGUUGCCCAGGGAGCAGCCAUGCAACAGCCUGCCGGCAUGAUGGCGUACACCAUGCAACAGUUCCCGACGCAGUGAUGCAUGCUCGCCAACUAGAUGCCGCGACACACGACUUUGCGAACUGUUUUGGUUCAACAGUGCUUGAGGUAAAAGUAUCUGUGUUAAGUUAUGAAAACUGUGGAACAUUAUAAA